CACGCACCUUCGGCACCCCGCUGUUCCCUCGGUUGUCCCGAUUCCCGGUGCCGGUUCCCGGUUCCCGGUGCCGGUUCCCGGUGCCGGUGCUGGUGCCGGCCCCGCCAUGCCCUCCCCGUACCCGCAGCGAGCCCUGACGGUGCUGCUGCUCUUCGGGACCUUGUCCGCUGCCAUGGCCCUGCUCUCCUCCAGCCUCAUCUUCCAGCUGCCGUCGGGCCGGGCCGCUCCCGGUGCCGCUCCCGGUGCCGCUCGCGGGGCUCUCCCGGAGCCCGUGGCCGCCGCUCUGGUGCCGGUAUCGGCCGUGCUGGCCGCGCUCUGCCUGGUGCUCAACGUGAGCUGCUUCUUGCUCUGCCUCCUCCACGGCUACUUCAGCACCGAGCUGUGCCGGGGACAGCCCGGGACGGAGCGGGCAGACUGGUUCCUGCUGGACAGCCGGAGCGUCCGGCACGCAGCCCUCGGCCUCUUCUGCUGCGGGGUCUGCCUCUACCUCACAGCUCUGGCCCUUUUCAUGCUGCUGCUGUUCGAGCUGGAGGCGGGAAUCGCCAGCGCCUGCAUCCUGACCUCUGGAAUUCUCGUCCUGCUCAUCUCCCUGCUCCACGCGCUGCUCCGCGCAUCCCAAAUCUCCCAAAAUUCCCGCUCCGAGCCUCCCCAAGCCCUGUACGAGAACGACUCCGCCCAGCCCGGCGACAGCGGCGACAUCGACACCAAAACCGCGGCUCCUGCGCGGCCCCGCCCUGAAAUCCAUCGGGAAUUCUCCUUCCCGCUUUUCCCGGAGCGCAAAUCCCAGCCGGGAUCCGCCUCCAGCAGCAACCUGAGCUCGGCUCCCCGGAGCCGGGAAUUCCCGCGGGAAUGUCGCGACAUAUCGCGCACGCACAGGACGCUGGCGGAGGAUUCGGGGCUGCUCCAGGAGCAGGGAAAUCCUUGGAAUGGGGUGGCCCGAAAAGGCACCAGCAAGGACUCCACGCUGGUGUGAGGGGAAAAAACGAUUCUCCACAUCUGGGAUUUUGGGAUUUUCCAGCUCUGGGAUUUGGGGUUUUCCGGCUC